AUGUCUUGUUCUUCUAAGGCCAUUCUUGUGAUUACAGGAGCUUGGCAUGUUCCAAAACACUAUCACAAGCUCAUUGAGCAACUCGAAGCCAAGGGGGUGAGGGUCAUUUGCGAGCAACUGCCCACAAAUAACAACGCCAUACCGCCAGAUACAACAGCAGAUGAUGAUGUAAAGUUCAUCAAAGACAUCGUCGCCAGAGAGUCUGCCGCAGGAACGCAGCUCACGGUUAUUGGGCACUCCUGGGGCGGAAUGAUUGCUUCCGCAGCGUUGGCGGACUUUGCCGUGGCGACGGGCUCUGGCAAAGGUGGUGUCACCAACAUCAUCUUGAUGUGCGCCUUUGUCCCACAAGAGAACGACUCACUCGCUGGCCUUUUGGGAGGACAAUUGCCGCCGUACCUGACUUCGAUAUCGAAUGGUACCAUCGUCUGGACAGACCCCAUUGGCCACUUAUACAACGAUCUUCCCGUGGAGGAGGCUCAAUGGGCAGAGAAGCUCAUGGUUGCCCAUGGUCACAAGGCGCAGUAUAUCCCGAUUGACUGCAUCAAGGUGGCAUGGAGAGUCAUCCCUUUGACAUACAUUGUUUGCGAAAACGACCAAGCCUUGCCCGGAUUUGUGCAAGAUAUGAUGAUUGCCAAGGUUAAAGAGCAAGCCAUCUCGGUGAGACAGUAUAGGCUACAAGCUUCUCACAGCCCCUUUCUUAGCAUGCCUGAUAAAGUUGCUGGAAUCGUUAUGGAAGUUAUGAACUCGGCGGGUGAACUCAAUGUAGACCUACCUAGCUGA